UAAAAAUGGCAACGAAAUUAUUAAUUUUUAUUGUUUCCACGUUUCUGUUACUGACUUUGAUCAGGAGCAACAACAACGUGAUUGCAGCAGAGACAGAAGCUGGUGCCGUAAAAGUAGAAAAGGAAAACAAAAAUCAAACAGAAGCCGUUACAGAAUCAAGUACAAGAGCAAGUAAUGCAGAUGACGAGGAAUCGGGAGAAGAUAUAGUUAAAGAAGAAAAGGCAAAUAAAAACCAAACAGAAGCCGUUACAGCGUCGAGUGCAAGUAAAAAUGUUACAGUGGUUGGAAAUGAAAGUAAACAUCAAACAAAACCCGUUACAGAGACGAAUGCAAGGGCAAGUGAUGCAGAUGACAAAGAAUCAGAAGAAGAUGUAGAUAGAGAAGCAAUUGGCAAAGUCAGUAUCCAAGAACCUUCUCUGCCGGAAAACGCGGAAGUCAAUCUCCAAGAAGUUUCGCAGCCGGAAAAUGCGCCAGCGGAAGAAGAGGAGAUUGAAGCUGAACCAACUGCCGAAAAUUUACAGACCCCUACCGAAAAUGAGGCACAACAAGAAAUUAAACCGGAUUCUGAAGAAAAUAGAAAGCAAAAAAAUCGAAAACCGGCUACUAGGAAACCGACUACCAGGAAGUCGACUACCAGGAAGCCGACAGCAUCACCGACGCCCACGCGGCCAGCAAAACCUCCCAGUCGCUAUAAUGUAAAAGUGAAAGUCAAUGGAAAACGGGUCCCAGUAAUAUACAAAAAUAAAGCUUCGAAGGGUAAAAAGAAGAAGGGGCGGAAGCAGAAGCAGGCGCAAAAGCAGAAGCAGAAGCAAAAGCAGAAGUGGCAAGGUAAACGAAGACCGAAGUCCGGAAAGAAGCGCAGGAAAUCAAAAUCGUAAUUCGUGAGAUAAUAAACAUAAAAUAAAAUAAUAAUAAUUAAACUACAGAUUAAGCAUUCAACUGAUCAAUUGAACUCUGGCUAAACUGGCAAGGCGACCAGCAAAAGAAGUUCGAUGAUAAAUUAAACACAACAUUUUCAUUCCUCAGUAGAGAAGUUCGGACAAAUAGUUCGGUGACAGUAACAAUAUCUAUGUAUUCAGUCAGGGAUCGAAGGAUAAAAUAUAAACAGUAGCUGGCUUUUUCUAUAGUAAUCUAUACGCGGAAGGUGGAUUCAAACUAAAUGACAUUUCAGUCUUUCAGGCUGAUAUAGUAAUCUAUACGCGGAAGGUGGAUUCAAACUAAAUGACAUUUCAGUCUUUCAGGCUGAAAUUCUUGUCAUAACAAAGGA